AUGGAGAUAGCCAGACGGGCUAUUAAGACCCUUUCUAUUGGUCAAAAAUUUAGGGUUAUCACUUGUUCAACUAUGAAUUUGAAUGAAAAUGCUGUUAACACAGAAAAUGAGAAUGAUGUUAUAUUUGAAAAUAUAAACAAUAAAGGAGUUAUACGGCUAAACAAGCCGAAGCAAUUAAAUGCACUUUCACUACCAAUGGCGAGAAAAAUCUAUCCGCAAAUGAAGAAAUGGGAAUCAGAUGGUCACACACGUACAGUCAUUAUAAAAGGUACUGGGAAUAAAGCAUUUUGUGCUGGAGGUGAUAUCAAAGCUCUAUUGGGAAAAACAACGGAAGGCGAUGCAUUACGUCGUGAUUUUUUCAAAGAGGAAUACCAAUUAAAUUAUUUAAUAGGUUUAAUGCUACAAUGUACUUAUAAACUGCCAUAUGUUGCCUUGAUAAACGGUAUUACUAUGGGAGGAGGUUGUGGACUCUCUGUGCAUGGCCCAUUUCGUGUAGCAACAGAAGCAACAUUAGUUGCUAUGCCUGAAACAGCAAUUGGUUUAUUUCCGGACGUUGGUGGCUCUUAUUUUUUGUCAAGACUAAAGAAUAAUUUGGGUUUAUUUCUUGGGUUAACUGGUCAUCGUCUUCGUGGUGUUGAUGUUUGUCACGCUGGAAUUGCUACACAUUAUAUUCAAAGUAGUCGACUUAGUGAACUCGAAAAGAAACUAAUUGACUCCAAUGAAACAACGAAACAAUCUAUUGAAUCACUUUUAUCCGAAUGCAGUGAUUCAACGACUUCACAACCAUUUAGUUUACAACCUCAUCUUUCAACAAUCAAUCGUAUAUUUGACUUGGAGUCGAAAAGCGUUGAAGAAAUUAUGAACAAAUUAAAGGCGGAUGAUUCAGAUUUCUCUAGAAAACAACUUGAAAUAUUACAAAAAAUGAGCCCAUCAUCGAUGAAAAUUACCUUUGAACAAUUGAAACGUGGGAAAAGUUUAGAUUUUAAAGAAUGUUUGAAGAUGGAAUAUCGAAUAGUACUACAUAUCAUGAAAGAGCAUGAUUUUUAUGAAGGUGUUCGAGCAGUUCUUGUGGAUAAAGAUAAUAAACCACGAUGGAAACCCGCAACAUUAGCUGAAACGUCUGAAAAGCAAAUCCAAAAGUAUUUUGAAAAACUUCCAGAUAGAGAUGAAUUACAGUUAUAA